UCUUCCCUGCCGCCCUGUUGAGACAAAAUGAAUCGACGCCAGAGCAACCGAUCAGAAGUUGAAAGUACAAUGUUUGAUUUUGUGGUUCUAUUUCAUCCCGUUGUUUCAAAUAUUCGCUAGAAGUCCCAACAAUAUGGAUACCCAGUUGACUUUCGCCUCUCGUCGGUCAGCUUUGGUGUGUUUACACGGGUGUGUGGCGUCCAGCCAGCCCUUAGCUUCAAAUGUUGGACUGGACAUCCUGAAGCGAGGCGGUAAUGCUGCAGAUGCUGCAGUUGCUAUUGCAGCGGCGCUGUCGGUAACAGAGCCGUGCAGCACGGGUCCUGGUGGAGACGCCUUCUGCUUGUUCUACAGCGGCCACACAGGAGAGGUCAGAGGACUUAACGGCAGUGGUUGUUCACCCAGAGCUCAGACCCUGGACUUCCUGGAAGGUCGUGGCUACACUGCAGAAACCCCUCCUUCACCUUUUGAUGCUUUGAAUGUCACUGUACCAGGGGCCCCUGCAUGCUGGUGUGAUACAGUGCGGCUGUUUGGUAGCCAUAAGCUGUCCCUGCAGGAGGUGUUGAGCGGGGCGGUGGAGCUCGCUGAGGCGGGGUUUCCUGUUGCCGAGGUAGCAGCCCACCACUGGGCGAACUCGGUCGCUGCUCUGAGGGAUGAUGGGAAGGAACUGGGGGGAGACCUGCUCAUUGAUGGUCAUGCACCCAAAAGUGGACAAGUGUUCAAGAACCCUUCACUGGCCCGGACCUUGAGGGAGCUGGGUGAGCUGGGAAAACCUGCUUUCUACCAGGGCAGAGUGGCCCAAGCCAUCGUCGAUAUCAUCGACCAACAUGGAGGAAUCAUGACUGUGGAUGACCUCAGCAGCCAUGACAGUGAGGUCAUCUCCCCUAUAAGCACAGAAUACAAGGGUGUGCGUCUGUGGGAGCCCCCUCCUAACAGUCAGGGAUUGGCUGCUUUGCUGCUUCUCAACAUCCUGGAGAACUUCCCUCUGAAAGCUGCAGGCCACAACAGCUCUGACUACAUCCAUGUACUUGUGGAGGCUGUGCGCAUGGCACUUACUGAUGCUAUGUGUUACCUGGGUGACCCGGACCAUGUGACCAUCCUGUUAGAAACAUUACUGGAAAAGAGCUACAGUCACCAGCGAGCACAGCAAAUCAGCAUGGACAGGGUCAUGAAAGACACAGAGCCCGGCCUGACGACAGGAAGUGACACGGUCUAUUUCUGUGUGAUUGACAGUGAGGGCAAUGCCUGUUCAUUUGUCAACAGUGUAUAUAUGGGCUUUGGAAGUGGGCUGGUCCCCAAGGAUUGUGGAUUCUCACUACAGAACCGUGGUGCCUUCUUUUCUCUUCACCGUAACCAUGUUAACUGCGUUGCUGGUGGGAAACGGCCUUAUCACACCAUAAUACCUUCACUUCUUACCGAUGCUGCAACAAUGUCACAAAAACCUCGACUCCUCGCUGCACUGGGGGUGAUGGGGGCUUUAAUGCAACCUCAAGGACACGUUCAGGUUUUGUUAAACAUGUUGGAAUUUGGUAUGAAUCCUCAACAAGCUCUGGAUGCACCGAGAGUCUUUGUGCAGUAUAACCAAAAAAGCAAAGAGUGGUCGGUUAAUCUGGAGGAGGGCAUUGAUCAGGAAGUGGCUGAGGAGCUGAGGAGGCGGGGUCACAAAGUCAACUGGCCAAUCACAGGUCACAAGAGGUCCCAGUUUGGGCGUGGACAGAUCAUCACAGUCGGGGAUUGGUGGAACUUAUCCGUCAGUCAAGCUCAUCUUCCAUCCAGGGUUCUGUGGGCAGGGUCAGAUCCCAGAGGAGAUGGAUGUGCUCAGGGAUACUAGACGUACGUGACUUCCUCUUCUCUUCACUGUAGAGAGACUUCUCAAAAAGCUUUCAGAGGGCAAAUCUCUGCUCAUGAAAUGGAGAGCAAAAGUACUACCAGUAUGUGGCUGAGACAUUCUUCAACUAAAGUUCAUAUCGCAGUCA